AUGGAUGAUAAUACAAAUGAUAAAAAACGUGUUAUUCUUGAUGAUGAUCAAGAAGAAGUUUAUGAAAAUCCACCACAUAUUUUUUAUUGUUUAUGCGGACAAAUGGCAUUAAUUUUAGAUUGUGCAUUAGACUAUUUACCGUUAAGAAAACGUGAUCGAGCACGUGUUAUUGAUUCAAAACAACAUGCACAUAAAAAAUUUUGUAAAGAUGAAGAUACACCAGCUUAUAUUCGACGAAAAGAUGAAGGUAUUGAAACACAAUAUCGAAAAAAAUGUUUAAAAUGUGGUCUUUCAUUAUUUUAUCAACAUACACAAAAUAGUCCAAUAACAUUUAUUUUUGAUGGUGCAUUAUCAAUUGAAGCAAAUGAUGCAUCAAAUAUAUAUAAUCAAGUACUUGGUUCUGAAUCGAAAAAAGUUAUUAAAAAUAUUAAACGUGAAGAUCGUGGAAAAACAUCAUCUGUAACUGUAUCAACAUUAGAUGAAGAAGAAGAAGAAUUAGAAGCACGAGAAAUUGCUAAUUCAUAUACACAAAAUGCACGUGUUAUUGAAAAACAACUUGAACGUAAAGGAAUGAAUAAACGAAAAGCAAUUGAAGAGGCUGCACGACGUGAACAAGAAGCUAAACGUGCUAAUAUUAGAGGAACAUUAAUUGAUAAAUAA